AGGGGCCGGGCUUUCAUAUCACAUCUGGCAGUAAGCCUGUGCAGUGCAGAGAGUGUUAUUUAACAAGGAGAGCGAGGCAGGAAAAGAGUUUGCUCGUGUGGGAAACAUUUGAUCAGGAGCCGAGAAAAGUCAGAAAUAGAGCGGACAACAAGCAACAACAGAAUGUCUGUUGAUCCGGACAAGAUGGAUUCACUUCGACCAGAAAUUUUUGAUUUCAAAGGAGUCUCAAUGUCUCAUUAUUUCACAAACAACUGGGAGAAUAUUCAAAACUUUCAGGCCAGGCCAGAUGAUAUACUUAUUGCAACAUACCCCAAAGCAGGAACCACAUGGGCCUCUUACAUCCUUGACCUGUUGUAUUUUGGUCAGACAUCUAAAGAGUGUCAGACAUCCAUUCCAAUUUAUGAAAGAGUGCCUUUCUUGGAUAUCUACACAUCUGAGCAGUCAGGAGUUGACCUGGCUGACAAGCUCCCCACCUCUCCACGACUCAUUAAAACUCAUUUUCCUGUCCAGUUUGUGCCAAAGUCUUUUUGGGAGCAAAACUGCAGGGUGGUCUAUGUGGCCCGCAAUGCCAAAGACAACGUGGUGUCUUAUUUUCACUUUGAUCGUAUGAACUUUGUUCAACCAGAGCCUGGAGACUGGAACAACUACCUCCACAGAUUCAUGGAGGGAAAGUUGGUGUUUGGAUCCUGGUAUGACCACGUGAACGGCUGGUGGAAGAAGAAACCGAGUUAUUCAAAACUCCAUUACAUGUUUUAUGAAGAUAUGAUUGAGGAUACUGGACGAGAAAUAGACAAGCUCUGCAGCUUUCUUGGUUUGUCUCCUUCAGUUGAGGAGAAGAAAGGAAUUACAGAUGGAGUGCAGUUUGAUAACAUGAAAAAGAACAACAUGGCCAACUAUUCUACGUGCACUGUCAUGGAUUUCAAAAUUUCUCCGUUCAUGAGAAAAGGCAAGGUUGGUGACUGGAAGAACCAUUUCACUGUGGCCCAGAAUGAAGAGUUUGACGAAGACUACGAGAAAAAGAUGAAGGACUCCACACUGCAGUUUCGCACUGAAAUCUGAACAGGACUUCAGACUGGGCAGACUGUGCAAACUGUCUGGACAAGUAGCAUUUCUGUGAAACCAAAAACAAAUUAUAGUUGCCUCUGAUGUGAUAGCAGAGUUGUAGAUCUUCUGUUUUAUCUGAAUAAAGACUGUGAGAAACAA